GAGUGAACAAUGAGAAAAGGAAAAGAUGGAAACUUGUUGAUAUUUGGUCGAAGACUCCAAGUGGAAGGCAUAUAGUUGAAGCCUACACUUUGUUUCCCAAAACCGUUCAGUGUUUAAAGAGCUAUGCAGACUCUUCUGCUGCCGGCAGCUCGCUCCGGCGUCGCACCACCAACUCCACGUUGCACGGCGGCUGUUUCUAGGACCUUGCCGUCUGAUAAUGCCCGUUCAUUCAUCCGCUUCAGCAGCACUCCUGAUCCUCAUUCAUCACUAUCUUCGUUUAAAUUACCCACAACUUUAGCUCUAUCUUACUUAAUUGUCAGUAAUCGCAGCAGGAGAACCCUAGCUUCCCCUCCCAUUGCUGCGGCUUUUAGUUCUCCGACUGAUGAGUCUGAAAAGGCCAAACUUGCUCAGGUUUCGAAGAGAUUAGAGAAUACUUCUAGGUAUUUCAAGAGAUUGGGAAGCUUUGGAUUUUGGGGACAGCUAGUUUGCACAGUUGUUGCUGCUGUGAUCCUUUCAUUUUCCAUUGUUAUUACUGGGAAGGUUACAUCGCCUGCUACCUUUUAUGCAACUGCAGGAGGUAUUGCAGCCGCAUUCAUUUCCGUGUUUUGGUCAUUUGGCUAUAUUCGGUUAUCUGAUAAACUUCGGAGAACAGCCAAUGAUCCUUCAAAGGCACCUCCUCGAGCUGAUGUUGUAAGAAGCCUGAAAAAUGGUAUAGGUUUAAAUCUCUUGGGCAUGGGUGCUGCUAUACUCGGUAUGCAAGCGACAGUAGGUUUAUUGGUGGCCAAAGCUCUUACGACUUCAGCUACUCCAUAUUAUCAGGGUAUCCCUCCUGGGAACAGUCCGGUUCUUGCCUUGGAUGUGUUCUUGGUGCAGGCAUCUGCGAACACCAUACUUUCACAUUUUUUAGGGUUAGCCUGCUCCUUGGAGCUAUUGCGCUCGGUCACGUUGCCACCUUCAGAAAAUGUCCCGAUUCCUAAGAUGGCAUGAGCUGGAUGAUUAAGCACAUAGGCAUGAGCUCUUCGACUGUUGCCUAUGAAAUUGUAUCAAGCUAGACCCUUUAUUUUAUCCACAUGUAGAGGAGUGUUCCGGGCUCAAUUGUGUGUUAGAGUUUGUUCCCUUCAUCCAAACGUGCAUAGAUCCUCAGCUAGCAUUUGCAAAAGCAAAAUAAUAUUUUCAUUCUUUUCCCUGUUUGAAAAGUUGAGUCACACUUAUGCAACCGCUGCUUUCUUUCACUCUGA